AAUUUAGCCGGUAUAGCAUCAGGGUUGCCAUAUCGAUAUCUUUCAGUGUGCCAAUUGUUGCGUCAGUUGUAGCAAGGAGAGGACACCAUGACGGCGAGUGCUUCAUCUGCCUUUCGGCAGGUUUUCCGCGUGCCUUCCAAGCAGCGGAUUAACUGGUUCCCCGGCCACAUGACCAAGGGUAUGCGACAGAUCCAACAGAGACUGCGAAAUGUCGAUUGUGUUGUGGAAAUUCACGAUUCCCGCAUUCCCAUUGCCGGCCGCAAUUCGCAAUUCUUUGACACUAUUACAGGCAGUGGUGUCAAGCCGCAUAUCCUGGUGCUAAACAAAAUGGAUCUUUUAGAUAAUAAGCAACAGCGCAGCAUUCGACAGCAGCUGCGAUCCCAGCAACCCGAACUACGUCACAUCCUCUUCACAAACUGUAAGGAUCAGCGGAAUCAUGGAGUUCUCGAUAUAUUGCCCUUGGCCACCCGACUGAUUUCAGAAAGUAGUCGCUUUAAUCGUGCCCAGAGUGCGGAGCACAACAUUAUGAUUAUUGGUGUUCCCAAUGUGGGCAAAAGUUCUGUGAUCAAUGUACUUAGGAAUGUGCAUCUAAAGCGGAAGAGUGCAGCUCGUGUGGGAGCCGAGGCUGGAAUAACCCGUGCAGUUGGCGAACGCAUUAAGAUUCAGGAACAACCAGCAGUCUAUAUGAUUGACACACCCGGCAUACUCCAACCAUCCAUUUCUGACGACGAAAUGGGUAUGAAAUUGGCUCUGGUGGGUUGUCUGCCAGAUCACAUAGUAGGCGAAGAUCUGAUUGCCGAUUAUUUGCUCUACUGGCUUAAUCGACACCAACGCUUUGAUUACGUUAAGAAACUUCACUUGCAAUCAGGACCCUGCGACAAUAUUAGCUCAGUGUUGGCCGAAUAUGCCCAACAGGAGGGAAUGUUCCAUCGGGUCAAGCAAUACAAUGGUCAGGUAGAGGUGAUGACAAAUUUAUUGGCGGCCGCACGAAAGUUUAUUCAUUUCUUUCGCACUGGUCAACUUGGCCCAAUCAAUCUGGAUGAGCCGGUAAAUCGUUAAGCUUAGUCUAAUGUUUAUUACAUAGUCAAAUUGUUAUGGAAAAUUAAAAAUAUAUUAAGAAUUUAACCCUCUA